ACACACGCACACGCAUACACACUCACUCACACACUCUGUCUCCACCGGCUGCCUGCCCGGCUUUACUGUAUUUGACAUUGACAGUAUCUGGGGAGUCAACACACGACAAUUCCCCCGGCGCAUCAUCCAAACAACAACACUUGUAAUUUUACACAGGCUUCCAGUUCUUUGUGGAGUUGCUGCAACUGUUGGAGAAGAAAGUGAAGACAGCAGACUGGUUUACUCCCAGUUUAGUUUGAUUCAUAUUUUUUUUGCGUUAUGGAUCGGGACAAGAUGUUUGUGCUCAGAAAAUCAAGGUGUCUUUUUGCAUGGAUUUAAUGCGGUUACAUCACACUCCUCUCCACUGAGCAUCUCCACAACCACAAACCAGCCAUGAAGUUGGCUCUGCACAGGAUAGCAGGCACCACGAUGAGCACACUAACGACAGGUGUCCAGUAUCUCGGCUCCAACGACGCCAGCUACGAUGACCCCUCCAUUGACUCGACUCUAAUCAAGAACCGAUUCCACUUCGAGAAGCCGCACUCUGCCUCCAUUAGCAACUCCCUCCCUGGACUCGUCCCUGGAAAUAAGGAGGUCAUUUAUGGCGGCCUCUCACCCAUUUUCCCCACCAAUGUUUCAGACUUUCUGCUGAGUAAUGGCACCUCUGUGGAGAGCGGAGGGGCGCCGCAGUGUGGGGAGGACUUUGUGGACAACAUGGAGUGUUUUAUGAUCCUCACUCCUGCUCAGCAGCUUGCAGUUGCCAUCUUGGCGCUCACCCUGGGUACAUUUACAGUGCUGGAGAACCUCAUGGUGCUGUGUGUGAUCCUACACUCCCAGACGCUUCGAUCUCGGCCUUCCUACCACUUCAUAGGCAGCCUGGCUGUGGCCGAUCUGAUAGGCAGCAUCAUUUUUGUCUACAGCUUUCUGGAUUUCCAUGUCCUUCACAGGAAGGACAGCCCUAAUAUUUUCCUAUUCAAGCUGGCAGGGGUCAUCGCCUCCUUCACCGCCUCUGUGGGCAGUCUGUUUCUCACCGCAAUCGACCGCUACAUCUCCAUCCACAGGCCCAUGGCUUACAAAAGCAUUGUCACAAAGACGAAAGCGGUCAUUGCCUUCAGUUUGAUGUGGACCAUCUCUAUUGUCUUCUCACUGCUGCCGCUGCUGGGGUGGAACUGCAAGCGUCUCAACUCUGUCUGCUCGGACAUUUUUCCUCUAAUCGACCAGAAGUACCUGAUGUUCUGGAUCGGGAUGACAAGCAUACUGGUCCUGUUCAUCAUCUACGCCUACAUGUUCAUUCUCUGGAAGUCCCACAACCAUGCUGUCCGGAUGCUGAGCCGCAGCUCCCAGAGGAGUGUGAUCGUCUACACAGCAGAGGGGACCAAAGUGCAGACGGUGAGGCCCGAGCAGGCCCGCAUGGACCUCCGCCUGGCCAAAACCCUGGUUCUGAUCCUAGUGGCCCUCAUCAUCUGCUGGGGCCCGCUUCUAGCCAUCAUGGUUUACGACCUCUUUGGGAAGGUGAACGACUUCAUCAAGACUGUGUUUGCCUUUUGCAGCAUGCUCACCCUGCUCAACUCCACUGUGAACCCUGUGAUCUACGCCAUGAGGAGCAAAGACCUGCGCAGGGCCUUCCUCAAUAUCUGCCAUAUGUGCUGGGGAGCGUCGCAGUCUCCGGACAACAGCGCUGAGGCUGACUGGCUCAGGAGGAGUGUGAGAGCCGCAGCAGGCAGGGCGGGGAGAAACGGUGCCAGCUGUGGAAAGACUCGAAUAAAAGUAGCCCAGGUUACCGUUUCUGGAGUGACUGAGAGUUCUACUGCCGAGCCGGUCUAAAAAACAAGCUCUGGUACAACUGUGAAGUUAUUGUAGAAUAGCCCCUCCUAGUGCACUGCUCUGUUACUGUGAAGUGUGCCAAAAAAUGACUUAGACCCACAACUGAAGAACAAGAUUUUGUUACUUUCAAGCUGAAAUCUGUAACAUUUAUAUAUUAUUAUAGCCAGCUGUAUGAUGGAGUAUGCCAAGACUGUUCAUUAUAUCUUUACUCUCUCACUGAGAAACGGUUUGUCAGGUUGCACAUGUCUGAUCGACUAAAUUUAAUUAAGUACAAACCCGACACUCUGCUCUGUCACCUUUGCUGUGGUUCGAAUGUGCAUAACGUUACAGAUUUCAGCUUCAAGGUAGAAAACUACGACGUUCCCUUUUGUUCCUUCUGUUUUCACAUCACAUCAUAGCAAUAUUGUGGCAGUAAUGCGAGGUGAAACUGUGUCUACCUUCAUGCAACAUGUCAGUUUUGAACGACAGCACACUGCUUGUAAGUAAAAACUCAGCAACCCAUCAGUGAUUUGAACUCAGCUAUCGUUGAUCUUGUAAGACCAUGAUAUUGUGAACUUUGGCACUAUAAUGUAAUUUGACUUUAUUUAUUGUAUAUUUUUUUAAACUUGUACUUUGUAAAGCAAAAUGGUGAGUCAUUCUUUGAAACAUGAACGGCUUUUUGAUCAAAUCAAAACUUUAGUCUGUAGUGAUUUGGGAAUGUUACAUAGCUGCUUAUUACACAUGUGCUUAUGGAACAGUUAGAGCAUUUUGUGAGAAGCUACACUUUGGUAUUUCUGUGACGCAUCCAUUGUGCCAUGGUGUCUCAUAAUGGUGUGUGUAAGCAAGGACAUGAGUUCAAUAAAUAU